AUGGUUUCAUACGAUCCGCCGUAUGGGUUCCCUCUUCGAAGGAAUGGAACCUGUCUUUCCAGCGAGACUAGCUGUGGCCAUACCUGGGGCGGCUUCUAUGCGUGCUGUCCGGGCGAUUCGGUUUGCCCCGGGGCUACAGAAUCAAUUCUGAACAAUGUCUGCUGUCCAACUGAGUCGGACUGUACUGCGCCGCUCCACUCCACACCACAUUGUGCCAAUGAGACUGGGAUACUGUUUAACCAUACUGGCUACUUUUGCUGCUUGCCUGGACAGACAGGAUUUUGGACGGAUAGCCCCCAGGACGCCGUUGGCUGCUCAGACGGUUCUCCUACUGAGCGAGGGGAAACAAUCUUGAAUACAAAGACUCAGACAACCACUUCAGCAUCCGAUUCGUCUAGUAGCUCUUCUUCCGGUGAUCACGCCGGGGCCAUUGCAGGAGGUGUUGUCGGUGGUGUCGUAGGAGCCGCGUUGAUCGUUGCGCUGGUUUGGUUCUUCAUCCGUGGGAGAAAACGAUCUCAGCAGCCUUCUGGAGAAGGGGCCGCUCCGAUCCCCAGCAGCUACUACGAAGCACCGUUACCACCCACAGAACUUGAAGCGCGAAAGAUACCCUAUGAGCUGGAAAGCCGCACAGAUCAACCACUUCAUGAGCUCCCGUCAGAAAGGUACUAAACUGACUUGGUUUCUGUCAUCGCUGAGAUGGCCGCUACGAGUAUAGGAUCAGAUACGAAGCUCUCCGCGUCUUCAGUAAUUUACUUAAUACCCAUAAAGAAAAGCGCCUAGCCUUCAGUCCAGGGAAUCAACUCCUCUCCUCGAUAAAGAAAUAUGGGGAUUGAAUGGACUUUUGGCAGCAAGGAGCAGUCCUUCAUUUCACAAA